AGAUUGAACAGCUUCAUAAAGAGCUCGAUUGCCAAUCGGCCUUACGUUUAUCGCUAGAGAACGCGAUAAAUUGCCCGCCUUUCUUUGAUGAUCCUAUGUAUAAAUCAAUUUCUAAGCCAGUAGAGGAUCUUGUCCGAGAAAUUUCUCGUCUCGAAUUAGAAAUCUUGUACCUCGAAAAAUAUCUCCUCUCAUUGUACCGAAAAAAUUUCGCCAAAAGUCUCUCGUUUGCUCUAUCCAGUCGAGCAGAGGAGCGAAAACCGGAAGCUAGCUUAGAAUCAGCCAACGAAGAAUAUUCCGGAAUAUUCCGAACACACUCGUCGUUAUCUCAUAUCUCGGCUUGUUCGUUUAGGGCUUCUUCACCAACUUUCGAGGCCUUGGACACUUAUCAUUCGUUGCCUUUAUCCAUGUUGGAGAGGACUAAUGAUGGGAUUACAAAUGAAAAUCGGACGGUGUACAAUGUUCGUGAGACGCCUAAUUGGGUAUCUGAAGAGAUGAUCAAAUGCAUCUCGACCGUCUAUUUUCACCUCUCUGAUAUGGAUAAUUUGCCGUUAGACUCGUGGCUCGACAAAGAACUUUCCGGAAGUUUCUCCGCGACUUUCGAGAUACAUGACCUUGUAAGAGACUCAGAGAAGAUAAAUUCUGUUCAGGACAUGUUACAUAGUUACAGGUCUCUGAUUUCUAAAUUGGCCCAAGUUAAUCCUGGGAAGUUAAGGCAUGAUGAGAGAUUAGCAUUCUGGAUUAAUGUCCACAAUGCAUUAGUUAUGCAUGCAUAUCUGGUGUAUGGGAUUCCCAAAGGAAGUCUUAAGAGGGUGUCUUUAGUACUCAAGGCUGCAUACAAUAUUGGAGGCCAUACCAUAAGUGUGGACACAAUACAAAGUUCUAUCUUAGGUUGUCGUUUGCCUCGUCCGAAUCCGUGGCUACAUUCCUUGUUUUUCCCCAAGAAAAGAUUUAAAGCCGGGGAUCCUAUGAAUGCAUUUGCAGUUAAGUCCCUUGAGCCUCGGCUGCAUUUCGCUCUUUGCUCCGGAUGCAAAUCCGACCCAACCGUUCGAAUGUACACUUCGAAGAAAGUGUUCCAAGAGCUAGAGAUGGCUAAAGAAGAUUACAUUCAGAUGAAUGUGAAGCUUCAUAAAGACCUUAAUUUGUUGGUACCGAAAAAAGUCGAGCAUUUUGUGAAGGAGAUUGGUGGCUUAGCUCAAUCGGGCAUAGCACAAAAGGUCGAGCAUUUGCUGUCCGACUCAAUGGGAAUCAAGAAUGGUCGACUCGGAAAGUUGUGGAAGAAAGUCGAUUGGAUUCCGUACGAUUUCGCCUUCGUGGGUAGUGGGCCUGAUGGGGAUGGGCUGGUAGGCCAGACGUGA